CCUCUUUUAUAAUUUCAGAGUCAAAAGUAGAAGAUUAUGAAGCGAGUGCAGAUCUAAGGCUGUUGACAUUUCUGUACGGAUCAAUGAUAGAUGCUGUACUCACUGGAAUUCAAGCUUACUGAACUCAUUGAGUGUUAAACAGGCUGAAGACAUAGCUACAGAAACAUUAUAUGAGAGUUGUACAGGGGCUAAGGAUGAUAUUGUAACAAAUUACGUCAAGACUGGUCCUAGAGUACAAUUCUCCUUACAAGCUGUCGACCAUUCUGGAUGUUCUCACAGCUUGACAGAUGGUAGCCGGAAUCUCAUGGUAAAAUGUGCGUCAAUAACAUUGUAUGAUAUACCAAGCAAAGAGAAGCCGGGCUCAAUCCUGGGCUCACUCGUCUUCUCAGAAACCUUUCUAGAUUCUGAGAUCAAGGUAGCCACUAAAGAUGGUAGUGUUGGUAUGAACAGUAGUUAUCUCCUCCUGACAGAUCACAUCCCCAGACACCAUUGCUGGACUCAUACCAAUUUGUUGGAAGACAAAAAAUUGUUCCAGGGAAAGUUAGAGAAUAAAAGCCUCUCAGAGCACUUUGGUGCUUUAUUGUUGUCUGGAGAUCCAAUCAAUGUAGGAUGUGCAAGUACCUUAUGUAUGCCCCCAGAAGAAGCUUGUUUGUAUGCAUUCGAGAAUGGGUUGGUGAUAGUUUGUGAUCAGUAUGGUGCCAUAGUACUACAUGGGAAUCACAUCAGAUCUGCAAGAUUCUAUGAUGGUGACACAUCCAACACAGUGGCUGUAUUAGUUAUAGAAUACCAUUCAACAUUUGUACCAUUUAUACCAUUCCAUCUGAGAAAUGAUGAGGGUCAGUUAAUGCUGAUGUUCACACCAAAAUCAAAAGCAUACAAACAUCUUUACUCACAG